AUGGCAACGCAGCCGUCGGAUCCACUUCUGGGCCCGGGCCCAACAAGGUGUGAUGCUGGUGGUCAAAGCGUCUCGGCUUACUUGGCUGUUACUAGCACUUCGCUGGGCCACGCUCUCAAGUUCACGAGCAUUGCUGUCGCGGCAGCACGCUGUCCGAUACCAGCCGCAACGAUUCCUGUGGCAAAGGCGAAGCGCCACGUGAUCAGAUGGAGUCGAGAUACGAAGCUGAUGAGAAACUUGAAAGAUGAAGCACAGAAGAAGGCCUACAUCACCAACAUCAUCAUUGUUAUCACUGUGCUGGGAGUGAUGAUGUCGCUGACCAAGUCCUGCCUCUUCCACAUGGAGGCUGUCGGGCGAUGGGAUCAUGGCCAUCCUUACAAGUUUUCGUAUGCUCUGAGCUUGACUAUGGUGGUCUUCGUGCUGAAGAUGUUGCUGGCCCCCAUCAAGAUUUGCCUGAAGCCAAAGCCCUCCAAGGUUCAGGAGGACGAUGAUGACGAUGAUGAGGCCGAGGCCCCAAAGACCAUCCUGGACCACAUCAUGCCCUGGGUUCUCCUAGUCGUCUUCACGACCUUCGAGAUGUUGAUGGCAACCUUAUCAAGCCUUGGACUGCUCUACGGGGCGCCGACAACGGUUUUCGUUGUGUUCAAGAGCUCCAAGGCAGUGUUCAUGGCCUUGAUGUCCGUGGUCAUCUUGGGGCGCCGGCUGAACGCUCCACAGUGGUGCUCUCUUCUGGUUAUCUCCGGAGCUUUACUUCUGUCAACCGUUGCGGAAGGCAAGGGCGGAAAGCCGGGCAAAGGAUCCCAUGAGAUUAACCUCGAAGGCCCCUUGCUCCUGUUGCUGUCUGAGCUCUGCCAUGCAAUGAUGCUGAUCUUCCAGGAGAUCGCUGUUCGACAGUACUGGCCAAAUCCAGUCAGCCUGCUGAGCUGGUCAGCAAGCUUCGGCGCAUUUCUCACGGCAUGUUCCAUGUACAAGUCGCGGACCAUCUUCGUGGAUCUUCCAGAUGGAGGGCGUCGUCCGUUUUGCGAUCCAGAAGACGUCUUGUUCAUGAUGUCCACCAGUCCAGCGCUGGCCAUCUGCCUUCUCAUGAAUGUCACAUCUCAUUUGACCUCGGAUGUGGCGCACAUAAUGAUCUUGAAGCACAUCUCAGCACUCGCGCGGACGCUUUGCGACACCCUCAAGAUGAUCCUCAUGUGGCUUUUGGGCAAGGGCUUCUGGCUUCUAGCAAUACUUCCGCCUCUCGCCGAACCGUGGCAUCCAGGUCUUCUGGGAUCCUGGCUAAUGAUCCCGGCGAUCGGCGCUGUGGUGUACGGCAUGCUCAUGUUCAAGAACGCAGUCUUCGUGCCUUUGACGUAUGCCAAAGAUGAUGACGGUGUAUGGAGGAUCCAAGAGGUGCGGCAGGAGGUCGAAGGCGAGGACGCAGGCGAGGUGGAGGAGCUAGUCACCAACAUGGAUGACCCCUUCUACAUGGAAGCCUUCCGGUCACGCCAGCUGAAGAAGAGGAACCUUGCCCUGCUUGGUCGUGUGAGAUAG